AUGGCUUCCAAUUGCGCUCGAGUGCCUGACCAGGCCUCUCCAAUCCACCGUCUGGCGAUCAAGCCUCUCUUCGACAGCCUCCCACCUCGUGACAAGCUCUACGCUCACUAUCUCUCGCAAGCAGCCUGGCAUGGAGCGCGCAUCAUUCUGCGCCAGACCUCUUUAGAAUCGGAAGACAUCUUCGACUUCAUCAUAAAGGCCUAUCAUGCGUGCGAGGGCGAGUGGAGCCAGUUCAAGGAAGUAUGCGCGGUGACCGACGACGAAGUCAAGGCUUUUUUGAGCUAUGCUGGGCUAUUCUUGUACAAUCUCGGAAACUUCUAUGGUGAGGGAGGCCAGAAGUUUGUGCCUGAUCUUCGCAAAGAGUCUCUGCAGAAGAUCGUGGGAUGCGUGGGUAUGGCAGAAUCUGCCGCUGAAGACCUUGUCGAGAGUAUGACUGCAGUGACCCCGCAGGGCAUUGGAUACCCGAGCGAUACUGCUGUGUCGAACUACUACCUGGGCGACCGCAUCACCCGCACAGAGAUCAAAGAAAUUCAACUAACAAUGCAGGAAGCAGGCAUCGAGCCUGAGAAUACCAGAGUGCGAAAGACGACAACAGAUGGGAGCGCUGUCUACGAAGUUCUCCGGGCCUCCCUCGAUCGCGCCAGCAUGUACGCACAGAACGACAAACAGGUGAAAACGCUUGAACGCUACAUCUACAGCCUCGUAACCGGAUGUCUCGGAGCAUAUCGACAAGGCCAGGAAACCUGGGUCAAAGAUGUCACCCCAUCGGUCGAACAUAUCCUCGGCUUCGUAGAAUGCUAUCGCGACCCCCAUGGCGUACGAGCGGAAUGGGAAGGCGUGGUAUGUAUCGCGGAUCCAGAAGAAACAAAGAAGAUGGAAGUCUUCGCGGCUAGUGCAGCGAAGUUCUGUACCUUGUUACCUUGGGCGACGGCGGAGAACGAAGGCAAGGGCUUGUUUGAGAAGGACGUGGUUGUCAUACCCCAAUGUGCUAUUGUGCAUGCGCUAACACUCUGCUGCCCGUAUGUUUGGGAAGCGUCAAACCUGCCGAACUACAACGACAUCCGCGAAAAUCACGGCUCAAAGAACAUCAUCAUCGCCAACCGAAUGAGUGCUAAUCGCAACUCCCCCGGCGCAUCUAUCUACCUCCACUCCUCAGACCGCGACCUCUACCGUCAAAACCUUCAUACUAUCCGCUUCGUCGCAACAGUCAUCCACGAACUCCUCGGCCACGGCACUGGAAAGCUUCUCAGCGAAACAGCCCCCGGCAUCUUCAACUUCGACGCCACGAACCCGCCGAUCGACCCUUUGACGAGCCAAGGGGUGACCUCCUGCUACCGCCCCAACGAAACGUAUUGGAGCAUCUUCGAAGACAUUGCCAAUUCAGUUGAAGAGUGUAGGGCUAUACUCAUGUCGGCGUAUCUCAUCGACAACAAAGACAUACUUGCGAUUUUCGGAUAUGAUGAGAAGACUGAGUUGACGGCUGAUCACCUGGUCUACCUUUCUUAUCUGCACCUCGGUGUCGAAGGUCUCCGUUCGCUCGAACACUGCAACCCAGAUACAAGGAAAUGGACCCAAGCACACAGCCAAGGCUACUUCGCCAUCUUCAAACAGCUCCUCAUCGAAGGCAACGGAGUUCUCACCGUCCACCACGACGCGAACACAUCCGAGCUACACAUCACCGUUGACAGUACCAAGAUUAUAUGCCACGGCAAACCUGCACUGGGUCGCUUGAUGUGCAACUUGCAUAUCUGGCGGUGCACAGCGGAUAUCGAGGCGUGCCGACCGUUUUAUGAGAGCUUGACCAGUGUAGAAGGUGUAUAUGAGGAGUGGAGAAGCGUUGUGGCGACGAGGCCAGAGCGGAGGGUAAAGUUCGUGCAGGGGAAUACGUUCCUGAAGAAGAAUGGGGAGAUGGAAUAUAGGGAGUACGAGGAGAGUGAUGAGGGAAUCAUAAGGUCUUGGGCUGAGAGGGGGCCUUUGUGA